CAUGUUACUGCCGGUAAUUCAAAGACACAUUGGUCCUUGAAUGCGUUUUUCCGUUUUCACCGACACUGAUUGAGUUUGCAGUGGGAUGUUGCGGACAAAACAUUUCGCUAUUUUCUGCCGAAUUCUGAUCUUUUUUACCUUCCUGGUGUUCGGACAGACAAAUGCAGAGGGAAGAAAAACAUUCAACGGGUGAGUCUGAUCAGUACUAGUUUUGAUCUAGGAAGAGCGACGUAAAACUGAUAAUAUAAAUCUUUUGAUUUGCGUAUUAAAUCGUCCUUGCUUGCAAUAGCUGUUCUCGAUCGUUCUCGUUAUACAAUCCCGUCCACUCUUUUGGUAAAUAUUUAUGUUUGUUAACAUUAACCGGCUCAGAUAUCCCCUUUUUAAUCUUGAGGGUCGAUUUGAUAAAUUCGUGAUAGGCCGACGACCGGGUUAGGUUUGAAAGCAGCUAGGCGAGGGAAUACCGAAGCUUGAUCAUUAUAGUCAAUUCCGCGACGUAUUUUGCGUACUGUCGACGUAAAAUUAACCCUCAACUCACUUUCUUCAUCAUCUUUAUUUUCCUUGCCAUCUGCGUACGUGCGUCUAUCGCUUGACGAGAGGUCAGUACGACGAAUUCAAAACUGAUGCCGGCGUACUUAAUCUUCCUGUCUGUAUAGGCGUUUCCGAUCAAACGCUACCUCUUCCGUUCGUGGUUCAGAGUUUGUUGAAGGUAUCCUGAGUGUCAGGCGUUUCUCUGUGGAAAAGUGGAAGAGAGAAGCGAAAUGAAAGUCCUCUCAUUAAAAUAUACGCUCCCAAAACCCCCAGGGGAAGAUCUUAUACCCCUGGAUACCUAGGCUAUAAUUGUAGUUGGAGGAGAAAAGAAACCCCGGGGGUAUAGCAACCCAUACUGCAGCGCGUACACUGACACAUGAUCUAAGCUACCCAAAAACUGUCGUUCGCGCGUUUGCAUAUUCCGGAUUCCACAACCAAAAACUUCGCGGAUUCCUUAAUCGCGAUUUCCCUUACAGCGAGCGUUGUUUUUGUCCUGGGAUCCGUAAAAAGGGACGCAUGAGAAAACCUUUCUGCUGUGUUCUCGCCGGUUAGCGCCAAUGUUACUUGAAAUAUUGAUCAGAUUUUCUUGCCCAUGAGUGUUUCCUGCUUGUCAGGUCAUUCAACAUUUUUACCAGUCUUCCAAAGUGAUAAUCAGUGUUAAUAGCCGAAUCGGGUAAACUUUGAGGAGAAAUAAGUGUCCAAAUAAGGUGAUGGUCAUUUUCUACCAUAUUCAGUGUGGAAAGAAAUAAAUCAGUCAUAUGCGAAAAUACUGUCGAAAUGGUUACCUUUAAAUGGUAAUCUGCAUGUCUUUAGGGUUGAUUCCGUGUGUCAAAAUCUUUUGAUUUUAGAGAGGAAGCAUCUUGAAUUCGAAAUAUUAAUAAAUGAGUUUCACAAAAAAGUUUAGUUGAAAACACAUGGCCAUCAAGAAAAAAAAUAUUUUGACUCAUGACACUUACAGCAAGAUUUAGUUUUUCAAGUGCGCAAAUUUUUUAUGUUAACUUUGAAACAGUUUCCUAGCUUUUGCGAUUUUCUGUCGUCUGUCCGUGGUCGAGAGGAAAAGAGAAUACUAACGAAAGAAAGUUAGUAAAGAAUUCUUGAUCUGCUUGUGGAGAGAGAAGGCAGUUGUUUUUUUUUUAAUUUUUAUACAUUGUUACCCGGUUUCCCUUUGCUUGUGCGGUCAUUGCGUUUUCGCGUGCUCGUUUUUAGAUCAGUUCACUUGUCCACAACUUCCCCUUCCCUUUCGAAGGCUUGCCACGCAGGUUAGUUUCGAAGCGGAAGUCAAAGAGAAUUAAUUAUUUCUAAGAAGCAGGGCCGGGGAACAGAGAAGUGUAGAAAAUAUUAAGUUAGGAAGUUCAUCAAUUUUUACAAAGGCAAAACCGGCAGGAUUUCGUAUAAUUUCCGAUUUUGAAAUGGUUGCGAGCAAAAAGACUCGUCAAUCCGGCAAGAUUUAGUUGGCUGUGAACUUCUAUUCAAAGUGAGAACUUUAAAUGAAAGAGUUGAGGAUGUAGUUAUUGGCUUUCUCUCUCUUAACGCUUGUCGUCUCCAUUUUUUACGUUAUCUGAUUGAGCAUAAGAUUGACCUAAGAAGUCAGAACUUUUUAUCGUUGUCGGAUACAUUAGCAUUUAUAUUGUAUGGUCAUUUCUGUUAUAGGCUGUGUUUUGAACUUGCUUUUCUAUUUUGUUAAAAAAAAAGAAAAAACCCUGUCUGCAACGCCCUUAUUAGCCUGCGAGCAAGCUCUCCUAUUUGGGCAAGCGAAGUGAGCCUCGCGAGAACGCGCGAGCAAGGGGCCUUCGCCGCUCGCUCGCGCGUUUUCGCGAGACCUGUUUCACUUGCCCAAACAGUAGAGCUUGCUCGCAGGCUACGCCCUUAUGUAAAACGCACAAAAAAUGUCUGCGUGCAAUCUUCCUUUCCUUCGCGGCUCGCUUGCGUGUGUAAUCUUCUUCCAGUCUCUCGAUAAGCCCUUCGCGCGUUACUUUCCGGUGCAUCGCGCGAGAGAUUUCUCUUUGGCUGUUUCAGUCUCAUGGAAUACUUUCUAGACACAACUUAAGGCUGAGAAAAUAAUUAUUAAAUAUAAAAUGCGUUCCGGCUUUCCUUUAUUAUCUUUUACAGUGACAAAGUUUUACAAGUUAUUCCUGGGACGAAAGAAGCACUGAAGUACCUUAAUAACCUGUUUGAUAAAAAUGAUUUUGAGGUACGGUACAAAUUGUUUGUUUGAGGAAUGUUAGGCUUUGUGUUCCAUUACCCGACUAACCCCAGUCUUUAGCAAAAUAAAGCAGUUCCUUUGUUGGGUCAAAAACACACCAUUCUUUCUUCUGUGAACACUACUACGUCUUUCUCUCGAUUAGAAGAGAAGAAGACUGAUAAAAGUUACUUUCUAGUACCGUAUUUAUUCGAAUAAGCGCCCAACCUUGAAUUAGCGCCCACCUCGAAUAAGCGCCCAUCCUAAAGGCAGAAAAAGUUAAUAAGCGCCCAGCCUCGAAUAAGCGCCCACCCCACCCCAACUCCCUCCCACUCCCACUUAAACUCAAAUAAGCGACCAACCCCACCCCACCCCCCAAAAUUGAAUAAGUACUAAUAAGAGACCUCCCCGAAGACGGAGAUUUCUUCAAAGUAUUUUACAGGAACCUUGCUUUUUUACAUCUUCGAGUUUUGUCAUUACCAUUUACUGUUUUGUUACAAAAUAAACAUACUACACUUGCUUAAAAUGCUGAAAAUUUAAUAAGCGCCCACGCUUAAGGUCCAAAAAUUUAAUAAGCGCCCAGGGCGGUUAAUCGAAUAAAUACGAUAUUUAUGUUUAUCAAAACGUGCUUUGACCCCAAUUAGAACACGCGCUCUUAGUGUUGAAUCGACCUGCUUUGGUAACUUAAAAUCGGCCCCUUUUUAUCACGGAGUAAAGAUCUCUUUCCGUUCUUUCUAUGUUGGCUCAGAGUAUUUAGUUAAAUUUCAUGCAUUCUAGCUUAAUUCUCCUCGUGCAACGCAAUGCAAUGCAUUAGGCCCCCUAACCGAGUUCUUCCUGCUUGAUAUACUUCACAUACAAAUCCUGCUGUUCGUUUAUAGGCUUCAUUGCUCGAACUUCAAUCCAUCCAUAACGUAAUUUGGCGCUUGCUAAUCUACAGUCCUAUUUUGUAGCUUGAUUUUUGGACCUACCCAAGUAAGAUUGGUGAGCCAGUAGACAUCCACGUGACUCAUCGGUGGGCGCGGGAAUUUAAGCACGUUCUCGCAAGGAGAGAGAUUUCUUUCCGCGUAAAAAUAAGAAACUUACAACGUUUAAUCAAUGGAGAACGAAUGAGAGCGCGCUCCGGAGUGCCAUUCAGCGGAGCUUUCCGUUCGUAUUCUCAGGUGAGUCUGAACAACGUUGUAUGCGGUAUUGUGUGGAAAAGUAUGAUAAAAAGGUAUUAGAGAGUUUUAGAUCCUAGUUUACCGCGAACCUCUAAGCACGGUUUGCGGUUACCCGUUUGCGGUUAGACGUUCAAACAUAAUUCGAUUUAGAUUGGCGGUGGAUUAAAUUACGGCCGACAUUUUGAAUUAGCAGCCAUGAAUGGCACUUGUUUUCAAGAUCCAAUAGGAUUUAUAAAAUUUAGCAUUUCGCCCGAAUUUGUGUUUUGUGUCAUUACGUGGGAUGAAACAAGAAUUAUACGCUAAAAGCUUUCAGGUAAAUGACAUACGUGAAAACCUACCUCCCCACGUUGAAAAUGCACGUCGUAAACCUCAAACGUGACGCGAAAGACUUGUCACGUGACCUCCAGCGGUUAGAGGUUCGCGGUAAACUCGGAUCUAAAACUCUCUAUUGUUAUCGGAGUACCAUCUUAUUCCUUUACAAGAAAACGUAUCACAAUAAACGAGGUAGUGUUAAGUGAUUUACGCGUAAAAAAACAACCGCGGACAUCUCGAGACGCCACCACUAGUUUCCCCGCGAAAUGACUUCUGUGGAACGACUGCAGAAAUUCCAUAUGAUACUGAUUACGUGUCACUACCCAGAUCUGGUUAGUGCUUUUCACUGGUCGCGCCGCAAGCCAGGUAAACCUGCUUCAACCAAUUAAAAACACUACCCAGAUCUGGCCGGUAGUGACAUGUCUUCAGCAUGGAAUUUCUUCGCUCGUUCUUCAGAACUCAUUUCAUGGGGAAACCAGUAGUGGUGUCGCGAAAUGUCGGCGUUUUUUUCUCAGGCUAUUGAUGUAUACCUAAAUUAAAAGAAAAGAAAAAGUGCAAUCCUUUACGUUGGUUCAUCACUAGAUUGUCCACGAAAUGAGGCGACUACAGCGACUCAACGAAACGCUUGUAGAAGUGUUCAGUAUUGGAAAAACCUACGAGAAUCGAACCAUACACGGAAUUAAGGUACCAUAAAUUGCUGUUAUUUUAAGUAUAUUUAUUCAUUUUCCUCGUUAAAAAACUAUUGCUGCUAUUUUAAAGGCCGAUUUACAUCCAAGGUACAUUGGACAACUUAUAUAGACCAGUUUCCUGCUGCGAAAACUCUGGCCACCAUUUCAGAGCACUAAACAAUCAUAUUAUGGCGUUGAAAGAAGCAUUCUUUUUGAGCUUUUCAAAUCAAAAUCAAACGCUUGCAAGGUCUGUCAUGUGAAGACCAGACGUUUUUUCUUUACGGUAUAACUUUAUUUGCUCUAUAGGUAAAAGAAAUCUUACAGUUCCAAGUCUCGACACAAACGCGACAUCAAACAAGAAUGCAAAAGCGCGCGGAAAAGACUGAAAGUAAAAUUUGGUGUUGAGUUUGCCACGCUGCCUUUGGUGAAUUCUUUUUCCAGCGAUCUGCCGUGCCAUCAUCUUUGUCGUCCUGGCACCAGUUGUUCAAUAGACAGAUAACGUUAUCCACCAGGCCCCAGUUGUUGAUAAGGUGGAUAUCACUAUCCAUCGGAUAGAUCUCUAUUCACUGAAUAGCGCAAUUAGUUCUCCUAAUACUUAUCCACCGGAUAGUGAUUUAUCCGGUGAAUGGCGCUUUCAAUUUUUUGAGCAACUGGGGCCUGAUAAGCUCUAUCCAGUGGAAAGUGCAAUUAGUUUCCCUAAUACUUAUCCACGGUGGAUAGUGAUUAAUCCGGUGGAUAGCGCUUUCCAUCGUUUGAGCAACCGGGUCCUGUAGUUUUUGCUAAUUUUGCCUAAUAAGGAGUGUGGCUGCCCCUCCCUAACUCAUCGGCCCUUGUCCUAGAUUCAUCAUUGGUGGUCAGUAAUCUUUUUAAACAUUGAUUCUUUUUGUCUCAGAUCUCUUCAAACAGGUCUCUCACAAACAAGUCAGUAAUGUUUAUCAACUGUGGUCUCCACGCGCGAGAAUGGAUUGCAAUUUCAACUUGUGUGUAUGUCGCCAGAGAGGUACAAUAAUUUAGCACACACGUUCAUUUUUUCAGACUAUUUAUUCAAGAAAAAAUACCACGCAACUCUUAAUUGGAAAGUUUAACAGACCAUGACGAACUUGGAGGGAAAUAUCCUUAAUAACGUAAUGAUUAGAGUAGGAGCAGACUCUUUUUUUUUUUUUCUUAGUCCAUCGAGCGAAAGGCGUGAGACACAAAAUGUGGAAGACGCGAGACGGCUCGACGCUCUAGUCCGCUUACAUUCCACAGUGCGGGGGAGGGGUGGGGCAGCGGUCAUCUCGACCUUUAGAUAAGGGAGGGCGGUCCUCCCCCAAAUUUUUUCAACCCCCCUCGGGCCCCUCCCCUGAUCCGCCACUGUUCCACUUACUACAUGUGAAGAAAGAGAGAUUGCCUGCAGUCUACGUAAUGAUUUGCUAGCGGGGGCUCUGAUGUGGAUCGAUCCUUAUAAGGAAGCUGCAGCAGAACGCGUACAACACGUCAUAUGUUCAUCCAAACGCAAGGGGUGCCUGACAGGUCACGUGUGAAAAAACCACUAGCAGAUUUGCUCGAAGUUAAGCGUGCCUUAAUUAGAUUUACCCAGACCGAUAUCUUACUGAUCUACUCCUCAACCAUCCAAAGGCGUUGUCCGACGUAUCGUUUUCCGUACCCAAAAUGUACCAGUUUUUCUUUCUUACUACGUUUCUACAGUUCUAGUUUUGUUUCAGUUUCAGUUUCAGUUUCAGAUUAUUGUUUUCCAUAAGAAUGUACAAAAAAAAAAUCAAGAAAAAUUAAUCUAAAUAUUUAAAAACCUGAUGGCCAAGAAGCCCAAGGGAAUUAAAGCCACCGGGCGUAUAAGGAAUGGGCUCCCUCAGAUAAAUUACUACAACAAGAUAAUUAGAAUAAUAUUAAUUAUAUAGAAUUAUACAUGCAAAAAUCAAUGUUAGCGGUAUAGUAAAUCUUAAUCUUGUUAAUGCGAACUCAGUUCCUAUACUUUCCUUUUUCUUUUCCUUUCCAUUCUUCCAUUUCUUUUCUUUUCUUUGUUUUUGGCCAGCUCGUACUCAAGUACAGAACUGACGAAUCAAUAAGAGAUUUAGUGGACAAGCUAGAGUGGAUAGUAAUUCCUGUUGUAAAUGUGGAUGGAUAUGUUUACACUCAUUCUACGGUAAGACGUUGCAGAUUGGUAUAAAAACGAUAAGAAAAAAGAUCCUAGGGGAUUUGGACCAUUGGAAUGCUACGCUCAUCUUAACUUUCAAAUUCCACCAGAAUUCUGGAUUUUACCACUUAAUGAAAGCUAAGCCAAGUGAUGUCUACAGUAUAUUCAAUGUAUUGUUAUUUCGGAAUACAGGCUAUCGAACGCGCCUUUAGUAAAUUGCUAUGUAUCAAAGCUUGACAUUUUAGAAUACUGUGAUUGCUUCAGUUUAAUGAUGCAUUAUUCAUGAAUUGAGGUUUGAUUUAUUAAAGAACCGGAUGUGGAGGAAGAAUAGAAGACCGUCUAACUCAACGAAAUGCGUUGGCACGGAUCUGAACAGAAAUUUCAACAUCAAGUGGGCAAGUAAGUAAUUUGUAGCUGUUAUUGUUCGAAAUGAAAGAUGGCGACGACACAAAGGCAAUACUAAGCGUUCGCUCACCUCCUCCCCGUCGCUACUUAAAAAUCUGCUUGCAGGAAAGCGAGCGUCUUUAAUGAUGCCAUAACACGCAAGUUGCGUUAAAAACGUUUUCUACUGUACAAUGCAACGCUUUUCACUAUCGUGCUCUCCGUUACCAUCCCAUAAGCUCUGGCGCCACUUUCCCAGGAUUUCUCUCUUAAGCCAAUCACAGAGCGCGCCGAAGCAAAGCCGCGUUAAUCUCCCAGACUUAUGUGAGAUCCACAGUAACAGGAUAAAUCUUGUACUCAUCAGCUGUCGGAGCAGAUUAUGGCAAACCUUGUAGUGACAUUUAUCCUGGAUUGUGGCCUUUCUCCGAACCGGAAGCUAGAAAUCUGGGCAAAUACAUGUACUCAAUAAGAAGACGGAUCAAAGGUUAUGUGGACUUUCACUGCUACGGACAGCUUUGGAUGUCUCCAUGGGGUUUCACGACAGUUCUUCCACCAACAUUUCAUAAAGAGCAUGUAAGUUUGAAUGGGUGGGACAGCAAGCUAGGAAGCUCUCUGAUGUACCGUGCCUCAUAGGGACAAAACACGUGCCAGAAUCCAUGCAAAACACUUCCCAGAAUCCAAAAACACGUCUUAGAAUCCAAAACUCGUCCCAGAAUUCAAAAACACUUCCCAGAAUCCAAAAGUGGUUUGGAUUCUGGAAAGUGUUUUUGAAUUCUGGGACGUGUUUUGAUCCCUACAAGCCACCGUACUGAUGAGCUCUGGAAGUGGGGGAGUUUUCUCCCGUCAGCCUCUCCCCCGUUAGGGACAGGCGGAGGGGGAUGUACAUAUAAGGAAGAAUACCCCUGCUCAAGUGUUCUUCCUACUUUCACUCAUUUGAUCAGCUGUGUACGACAGAGUAUCCACCGAUAUUUUCCGAACAUAUUAGCCGGAGAAUUUGUAUCUAUUGUGAAGGUCGAGGCUAUGAAUCUCCCCUUGUACCGACAGUUUAGAAAGUCCCUUAGGUUACAAGACGUGAGUGUUCUUUCAACAAAGAUGAAAAUAAAAAUGCUUUUGAUCAUCGUUCAGCUCAUUUCAGUAUUAAUGAUAUUCCAUUUCUUGAAUUUUAACAGUUACCCGCUAUGAGAAAAAUUGUUCAGAAGAUCUACCACACCCAUGGCACCAUUUUUCGAUAUGGACCCGCGGCCAUCGCUAUAUGUAAGUGGUUACAUUCUUAUAUUCAGUAAAUUGGAAAUUGGAAAUGUCUUAUUAUCCACUCCCUUCGGGGCUUUUCAGGGAUAAUUUACACUGGUUGUGGGACUUUGCCAGACUGCAGUGCAGUUUACACGUAAUGAAGGAAUGAGUAAUGAUGCCCCCAUACAUGAGUGUGAAAGUUGGAUAGACCACUACACCGGGCACUACGUGCCGUACUCUUUACGAAGAGUGUGUGGGUUCUUUAACGUCCCACAGAUUUGUUACAUGUGCAACGAAAUUUUAGCAGCCCCCUACCCCUUUGUAAGGGGUGAAGAAAACUGGAUUACCCGUAACAAAAACUCUCUCUCGAAGCAGAGGAGAGAACUUACGACAAAUUCAAGUCUGCACUAAAACAAAACCUCUCUCUCUCGAAGCAGAGAAGUCAACUGACGACAAACUCUAGUCUACACUAAGACAUAACUGGGUCCACACUGGUGGUAUGGGUGGUAGAUGGAGGGGCAAAGGAGGGGCGGGGAGGGUAGUGGGUUCACCAUAGUGCGCUCACCUUAAUCAUGUUUAUGUUUGAUUACAGAUAAGACUUCUGGAGACGCUACAGACUGGGUUCACGGAGUGUUAGGAGUAACACAUUCUUACGGAGUUGAGCUUCAACCGUCUUUCUUCGCGGAGAACGGAUUCAUUCUUCCCCCUUCGUACAUUGAACCCGUUGGCAAGGAAACAUUAUCCGGGUUAAAGAUUCUCUGUUCCUUUAUAAGUUGAGAAACCAGUCUAACUCUCAGCCGUAUCUUCAAAAACAUUUUUAAUGUAAUAUUUUUAACCCAGUGUAACACCGCAAUUCUUCUUGUAUCCAGGCUUCACUCUGCAUUACGCUGCCGUGGGAAAUCUGGGUAUGAAAUCACCGCAGUAAUUAUUUUUAGUUCAAGUUUAGAAGAACCAUUUAGCUAUAUGCCCAUGUAAUUAAACUAGAGGAGUGAGGCAAAAUUGGGCUUCCGGAAGGAAUCGAUCACGAGUUGAGACAAACCUUAGUAGUGUAAUGACUAUUUAGCUCUCUCUUUCUCUCUCUCCUGUGAUGAGCGAGUGAAAAUAUGGGUUUCAAUUAUUCAACAGCUUUCGAGCUCACUGGGGUAAAUAGUGCCAGAGAACAAGGAGUAGGAGCCCGGGG